CCGGCGAGUACCUCCACGGUCAAAUCUGCGGUCCUAUUUCGAGGACUUACUUAUCGGGGGAAAUGAGUCUUCCGCCAAGUUCAUCGUGCACUCAAACCACUUCUCCUCUUACUGCCACCCACGACAAAGUGAGCAAUUCGCCGUCAUCAUCAACCUCGUACAAGUGUUGUUCGAUGUCUAUAUACGACUAUGCAGCUCAAAGAAAUCCUUCGACGUUUGGCCCGAGAUCUCAGAGUCAAACCACAGCUCACGAAUGUACAGAAUGUGUCGCUGAAUUCUCGACUUCUUCAAUGGAUAUGACUGCUCAAUGCACAGAUCAAUGCGUUAUCAUCACUUGCAGCGAUCCGGCUCACGAUGACGCGGACAGUUGUACUGGUGCUGUGGAUACAGAUCUUAGCUGUUGUGAUGUUUGGUGUCAGGACGAAUGUAAGGACUGUGAUGAUAUCGACAAACUUCUCGCAUGCUGUCCAGAUUUUCCAUCAUUCACGACAACAGAUGCGUCAACUGGUUCACAGCAGCAUUUACAAAACUCAUGGGAUGACAUUGAAGCGUUCUUUUGCUCGUGUAGCAAGGGCAAUAGCGAGUCUCAUGCUUCUUACAACUCGCCCGGCGCAUCGUGUUCGUUUUGCGAGAACACUCACAGCAAACAACAGCAGGAGCGGCAAGAAGCAUGUUACCAUUAUCCAUCUCAUACAUCCCCUCUCCCAUUCCCUUCCACUAUGCCCUCAUUCAUCCCUCCCUCGACAGAGCCCAUACCUUUUUCGACGACAACGACGCCAAGCACAGCAUCGUCGCCUACCCUCCAAGACCUGAUCUGCAUGUGGGCAGAUUGUCAGGGCCAAUUCACCUCAUUGGAGACUCUCAUCGAUCACAUUAACAGUCAACAUUUCGUUGAACCUUCGAAUUUUACCUGUCAACCCUCGUCUAAACAGGAUUCCACCAACUGCCAGAUUUCUUGUCUCUGGGGAAACUGUAAUCAACAGUUAUUUGCAGAUUUUGUGGCGUCUGACUCUGCACAGCCCACCGAUGUGAGUGCGGAUGAUCCUGGUCAGCAUCACCUUCAACAUUUCAACGCGUUGUCUAUGCAUUUGUUCGAGGAUCAUUUAAAUUUCCAGAAUACUGCGGUGAAUCAGAGUCAGGGUCAAGUUCAGCCGUCUGGGCAGUUGCUUGUUGCAGAGAAUGCAGGCGCCGGCGAGAAUCAUUAUGACUUUUCUUUCCCCCGCCAGGAAGAGGAGGUGUUUAAUCUGGACACUCCUUCCUGUUCACCUUCUUCACCUGCUUCCCCCCCUGCCCCAUCGAGUCAUAUCUUGACUUCCUCAUCCUUAUCAUCCCCUACCGAUGAACUGGGUACAACAGAUGGAUAUACCUGUCGCUGGGACUCGUGUCAACAAACGUUCGACACAUGCACCGCCCUGACGGAACACCUUACAAAAGUACACGUUGGGAGUGGAAAACAGAGGUACGAGUGCUUAUGGGAGGGGUGUACGAGGAAUUACCGGAAUAGGAAUGGAGGUGGAGGCAAGGAGGGAGGGUUUACGAGUAAACAAAAGAUUUGUAGACAUUUGCAGUCACAUACGGGCCAUCGACCCUAUCAAUGUGCCGUUUGUCAACAGAAUUUUUCGGAAGUGGCGACGUUACAACAGCAUAUGAGAAGGCACACGCGUGAGAAACCUUACGUAUGCGACUAUCCAGGAUGCGGCAAAGCCUUUGCGAUCGCCGGGGCGUUGACGAUACAUAAACGUACGCAUAACGGGCAGAAACCGUUCAAAUGUACCUUUUGUGGGAGAGCGUUUGCGGAGAGUUCGAAUUUGUCGAAACAUUUACGGACACAUACGGGUGUACGACCGUACGUGUGUCCUGAGCCUGGGUGUGGAAAGAGUUUUGCGAGACCGGAUCAGUUAACGAGACAUUCUGGUGUGCAUCAGAAGAAGAAAGGGAAGAAGGAGGACGAGGAAGAGAAAGUUGCGUCGUGAUAAGCGGACUAUUUGACUCAUAUCGGUUUGUAACGCUAUACUCCUUAUCUAUACUUAUUUAGACUUCGAAGAAUGGUGGUUAAAUGUUAAUGCAUUGAUGACUAGGAUCUGGCUAUAUUUUGGUGGUUAUUA